AACAUGGACCGUGUAGGAAAGAUCAUCUUUUAUGAAGAAAAGAACUUCCAAGGUCGAUAUUAUGAGUGCGACAGUGACUGUCCUGAGCUUAACAUCCACUUUAGCCACUGCAACUCAGUCCAGGUAGAGAGUGGGGCCUGGGUUCUGUACGAGAAGCCCAACUACUUGGGCUACCAGUACAUCCUGACCAGAGGAGAGUACCCUGAUUACCAGCAAUGGAUGGGCUACAAUGACAGCAUAAGGUCUUGUCAUAUUAUACGAAAUAUUUCUGGUGUGUUCAGGAUUCGUAUCUUUGAGUGUCUUGACUUCAGCGGUCAGAUGAUGGAAUUCAGUGAAGAUGUGAACAACCUGCCCGAACGCUGGCACCUCCAGGACGUCCACUCUGCCCGUGUCCUGGAAGGUGCCUGGAUCUUCUAUGAGCUCCCCAACUACCUUGGACGCCAAUACCUGCUGGAGAAGGGAGAGUACCGCCGCUUCAUUGAGUGGGCAGCCAUGAACCCCCUUGUUGGGUCCAUCCGCCACGUCCAUGACUUUUAG